AUGAACAACGGGCCUCUGCCCCCGGUGCCGGAUCUUAUUCCUAUAUCGGCUAUUCGGAAAAGACCACCCUCGAACAAUAAUAGUGACGGCAUUUCGGACGGGGGCCCUUUAGAGUGUGCCCCUUGUGCCUCGAACCGUUCGGAGGUUAUGGGCGAACAGCGCCCUCGGCGGCGGCGCUCGGCGAAUCAGCCCGCCGUCAAACUAAUCGAUACCACAGGGUCACGUGGCUUGAGCGCCGCCCCACAGGCACCGCUCUCCCGGAAAGCGAGGCCCGAGCGUCACCGUAAAUCAGACAGACGACGCGAAAGUCGCAAACUUACCAGAACCCGUUCGAGUAGUAAACAUUCCAAAUCCCGGGAAAUAAAUAGUUCGCUGGCUAAAUUUCCGCAAACGCCGCGCGUGAAUCCAAUUUUUGUGUGGGUCCGGCAGGAAGACACACGCAUCGUGGACGUGAAAUGCGAAGAUUACGACAAAAGAAACCGUAUCCUUCUUACAAAGACAGCGCAGGGCUGGCGUGCUAUACCACGCACGGAAACCCUCGUGCCCACCCUGAAGGAGGCGGUUAGGGACCAAAAUCAUCAUCAUCAUCAUCAUAAAAACAAAAAAUCUCGGAAAGAAAAGGUGCGACGCCGUUCUACCGGAGUUCAAGUUUGUUCCGAUAUCGAACAGGAUGACGAAGAGGAAACACCUCAAGAACAACAAGAAAGUGACAACCACUUUGACGACAAACAAUCGGGAAAUUCACCACCUUGGAUGUCUACGGAUAAUGUUAAUGUAGAGUCUCUUUUACCGUCCCAUACUAUAAAAGUUAAGAGGUCAACAAGCCCGAACCAUUCUCCUGAACGAGACUCGAAUGUAAACAGUGCCGUAAGCCAUUGCGCGCAAACUCCGACUAUAAAGUGCAGUGCCGACAAAAUAUGUGACGUCAGCCCUUUAGAUAAUUUACUAGCUGUAGCGGAACUAGAGUUUAAACAACAAAUUCAAUCGGAAGAAUGGAAUAAAACAACCGAAUCGAGUAUAAUCCCUAAUGAGGAAGCAAUUGUAGCAUUCAACACCUUCGAGCAAACAGACGAAGAUAAGGAGUUUAUGAAAAAUUUAGAAACCUUAAAUAAUCUUAUUGAUUCUGAAAAAUCUAAAUUAGAUUUGACAGAUGAUUUGUCACAUGAAAAAACGGAAGAAUGUGACUACAAUGACGAUGAUGAUAAUAAUAAUUUAGCCAUGGAUGAUAUUCUUUCUAGGUUAGAACAGUCCUUACAAAGUCCCGAAUGUACGGAAACAAAUAAUUGUGAUACAAGUUCUCAAAACAAAAAACAAAAAGUCGCAGAAGAAGAAAGAGAAGUUGAAGAGAACGAGGAAGAGGAAGAGGAGGAGGACGAAACGAAAAUGCAUUUUGAUAGUGAUAACGAAACAGACCUCAAAUCAGUACCUGAAUUUCAAAAUUAUUUCGAAGAAGCCGAUCCAAAAAUGACAGAAGAAAAAGAAGAAAAUGAGGUAGAUUAUGUAAAACCUGAAAUAAUCAAUUUAGUAGAAUCUUCUACGAAUGACGACGAAGAUGGAAAUAUUCCUGAUGAUACACCAACAGACCUAUCUGUAAAAAUACACAAACCGUGUUUGGACGAAACAGAUAAUUGUAAUACUAUCGAAGAACCUACCGAUUUAAGUGUACCAAAAAAUGUAUCGAGUCCUAGACCCCAAUCACAAAAUUCUGAAGCUAUACAAUCACCUCAGCCUAGUGGAAUUCCCGCAGUUCCACAAUCACCAGACAUAGUGUCUACAACAGUAAAUGUAAGUAGUAAACCCAAAUCUAUAUUCUUAGAAUCACUGCUAACAAAUUGUACCAAAAAGAUGGCACUAAAUUCUGAAGUCACAAUUACGCCACAAAGAGAGCCAUUAGAUUUAGGAAAAUCUCGCAAAUCGGCGAGUCCGACUGUUACAUGUUCUGAAGAAAUCAAUAGUUCACAAUCAGAACCUCCUACGAAAAAAAUUAAAUCAGUGGAUAUUACUUUAAAAACCUUAUUAGAUGCAGACAUUCAAAAACAUAAAACCGAAAAUAAAAGUUCUGAUAAAUCAUUUACUGAGACACCUAAACUGCUAGAGUUAUUGCAAACUGAAACAGAAAUAGAUCCUUUGGUACAAUUAAAACAAUUGCUUUCUGAUCCUACCCAAGACGUACCAGAUCCAUUGUUGGUACCAAAAGAAAGGUUUAGCCAAAUUUUAAUAAAUCCUGGAACUGAAAUUCCAAAACUAUUAAAAGAAAGACCUGAACUGAGGCUACCACAAGCAUUAGCCUAUCCACAAAUAAUGCAAGAUCCUAACAUGUUAGUAAUAAACCUUAAUCAUUUAGAGUCAAUUUUAUGUAAUAAAAAUUCAUUAACUCCGACAAGUAAAUCACAUUCUGAGCCUAAAAUCCACGAUAAACAUGAUAAAAAUAGUGAGAAAUCACCAACGGAGACUAAUCACCAUUCUCCUAGUAGUACUAAAAAGAAAUCCGAAAAAGAAAGUGGCACAAAACAAAAUUCUUCAGUUGAGAAUCAAACAAAAGUAUUUAAUGAAUUGGCAAAUGAUAUAAAUUCCGCAACUCAAGCUGCAUUUACUCAAAUGCCUUGGUUUCCUUAUAUCAACCAGUUGGAAGCAAUGGCACUAUCUAAUAAUCCAGAAUUUUUGAAAAUGAUAACUUCCAUGCACCAUUCUUUUUACAUGAAUCAGUUACCAGAAUUGUUUGCUAAUAUGAGACCACCUGUAAGUCCAAUGGGUUUUCCGAUUCAACCACCAAUGAACUAUACCAACCCUUUAGAGUUUAAUAUGUGGCAAGAAGCAAUGUUACAAGCGCAAUUUAUGAGGAAUAAACCAGUUGAAAAUAACGAACAGAAUAUGUUUAAAAAUUACAUUGAAAAAAUGAAUGCUCAGGGAAAUAGACAUGCAAUGAACAACUGUAUGAAUCCAAGAAUGCAAUCAUCGAACAAACAGCAAAAUUAUUCCAAUAGUUAUUAUCAAAAGGAUCACAACUCACAUCAGAACCCUUACGGAAAUUACAACUCAUACACGUCUAAAUCUUCCCAAUCUUCCCAACAAAAUAUGCCAUCGCAAAGCAGUUCGAGUCAUCAAAGAUAUUCGUCAAAUCAAAAACAUCAAGGAAACCAUUUUCCAUCGAAAAGUUCGAAUAACUUCCCAAAUCAGACGAGUCAAAAUUUCGGGUACUUAUAUUCGCAAAUGUCCGACAUGGAGAAACAUCAAUACAUGCAAAAUUUCAAUAUCGGUUCUCAAGAACAACUUCACCAAAACUUUCAAAACACAAUGCGGAAAGAAACCUCUAAUGUGCCACAAAAACAAAAACCACCCUCUAAAUCGUUUUCGAACCCUUCAGUGCCGCAAAAAUCAGUUCCUCAUCAGGAGCAUCAGAAAGAAAGGAGCCAUCCGAGCGGAAGCGAUUCGACAAAGCUACAAACAACUCAGCCUAUUGAUCUUUCCGGUUCAACGACGUCUGGCGGUAAACUCAAGGUUAAACAGCACCUUAUCGAUCCUGCAAAUACACCGAAGUUAUUGAAGCAGCACGACGAUGUUCCCGAAGUUGGUAGUACCACGGCGAGCAUAGAGGAAAUGCAGGACGCCCACAAGCAUUUGUGGCAUCCCUUAUUUGGAAAGUAA